AUGUCACAGUCUUUUCAAUCACCAUCACAAAAGACAGACUCGAUCAAUAACAACAACAACAACAACAGCAUCAACAAUAGUAACAAUAACAACAGUAGCUUAAGUUUUUGGAGUAGAGCAUCUUCAACAUCAUCUUCCUCCUCUUCCUCGUAUACAUUAUCAUCUUCAAACUCAAAGUGGCAAUUCAAUAAAAGAAAGAUCACAACUGAUACAACUACCUCUACCACCACCUCUACUACAACUACUACCACUACAACUGUAGAACAUAAUAAUAGUAAUAGUCUUAGUGAUAACAAUAGCAACAGUAGUACACCAAAGUCAACACUUACACUUCUACAAAGAUUAAGUAAUCUUAGAAAUCUGACAAACAACAACAAUAAUAGUAGUAGUUUGACGAGUAACAAGAAAAUUGAAACAUCAAAUGUUUUAGAGAGUACUAAAGAUGAAGUGGUUCAACCAAUAGCAAAGAUUUCGAAUGAAAUUAGUAGUAGUAGUAAUAAUCAUGAUAGAAACAAUAGGAGUGAUAAUACUAUCAUUUGUAAUGAUGAUAGUCUGACACAACCAGAUGAAUAUUCAAGUACAUCUUUAGAUAAUAAUAGCAAUAAUAAUAAUAAUAAUGGUGGUGGCGAAGAGAGUAGUAUAGUAAAAAAGGAAACUAAACAAUCAUCAUUCGAUGAUUUCGAUUUAUAUGAGGUGGAAGAAGAAGAAUCUAGACCGAAACCACCACCAAAGAAAUCGAAAUCAGAGAUCAUUUUACCGGAUAAACCGUCUAUCGUUAAAACAGUAAAGAGUUCACCUUUACCCAAAAGUAGAUCGAAAUCAACAAUAUCCUCAAGUCAAUCUCCUUCAACAUCCUCUUCAUUAUCUUCAACUACAAUAAGCAAUACACCAACCAGAUCUAGAUCUAAAUCAAAACUAAACAAAUCAAUCGAUCAAAUUGAAAUUGAUAAACCAGAUAAGAAACCAACAACCACAACAACAACAACAAAGAGGAAAAAGACAACAUCCGCAAAAAGUAAAAAGAAGGCAAACAGCAAUAAGGAGGAUGAAGAUCCAUCUUCAGAUGGUAAAGAAAACAGUGAUAGUUCAUAUGUAUCAGUAACAGCGAGGAUUUUGAAAUCAAAGAAAUCGAAUGUAAAUAAGCGAUCGAAACAAUCUUUAAAGAUGAGUUCUGGGGAAUUCGAUGAUAGUGAUAAUGAUGAUAAAUAUGAUGAUAACGAUAUUAAUCAUUAUGAUAAAGAGUGUGUUAAUGCCAGCUAUAGCGACGACGACGACGAUGAUGAUCAUGACAACGAUAGUAAUUGGUCAUCUCAGCAACAGAUCGAAGAAAUAUCAUUCGAUAGUGAGGAGAGCGAGUUGUGUAGAUCGCUUCAAUCCGAUCAACCUAAAGUAGUACUCAGUAGUCUACUUGAUAUUGCUAGUAGACUUGUAUCUGACACACACGCUACAUCACUCUCACUUCGUUCACUCAAUCUAAUGUCAGAUCUAAACGAUUCACUUUUAGGAUUGACCAAUAGUGUAAACAACAACAACAACAAUAAUAAUAAUAACAGUAAUAAUAAUAACAACGAUAAUGUUUCAAAUAAUAACAAUAGUAAUAAUACCGAUUCAAAUAAAAAUAGACCAAUAUUGAAUAGUGAAGAUCUGUAUCAACAGUUUCUUUCUGUAUCUACAGAUACCACUUCUACUUCCACCGCUACCUCUUUAUCUCAACAACAAUCAUCACAACAAUCACCUACAUUAGGUUCAUCAAAUAAUAGUAGCAAGAGAGUAAAGAGAUCUUCUUCAUUGGGAUCAAUUAAAGAUGGUGGACAUGAUGGAUUACAAAACAAUGCAAUUAGUCCAAUUAAGAUGAGCCAGAGUCAUAAAUGGUGUAAGUUCUCACCACAGGAAUAUAGAGAUGUUAAUUUGUCAGCUUGUUUCAUAUACUAUGCAUUGUCCUGUCAACACUCCAACCUCGAUCACUUUACACCAGAGACACUGAGGUAUCUACUUGACCAAGCCACUGUAAUUCCAGAGAACUACCAAGUCGAAUACUUUACGACACCAACGAAACUACCGAAAUCACCAAAGUCACCUGGUGGUAGAAGAUUAAAUUCUACACAUUGUACAGCAAUUAAUAAUUUGUUUCAAAACUAUGUUGGAGACACUGCUAGAGCAUCGUCUUCGGUAUCAUCGAUUGCAAUUAUGACACUUGCACAGCUGAUAUCGCACAAGCACUUUAGCAAUGCUCUGAGGAAUCAGUAUAGAGAUUACGAUAUAUUGGAAGGUCUAAUUAAACUACUAUCUAAAUAUACAUUAUAUUUGAAUCCAUUGAUAGAAACAACUUCUGUAUCACCUAAAUUCAUUGGAAACAUAGAGAGAAUAUUAAAGAUCAUGGAAGAGUGUGUAGCUGAGAACAAACUAAAUAGAGCACACAUAAGUUCAAUAAGAUCUUCACUUUCUAUAUUCAUUACAUUGAUAUCAUAUUUACAAAAUUUGAUGGUUAAAUAUAAAGAAAGAUUAAGUGGAAUAGAUAUUAGAAUUGGAGGUACUGAGUGUAUCAUGUCGAUACUUAACUUUCUUUUAAAUAUGACUCAUAAUAAUCGAUUAAGUUCGAGUAUCAUCGGAUCAUUAGACUCUCCCUAUAAAUAUGAAUCAAAAGAAAGAAUAGAAAUAGUUGAUAAUGUUAGUGAUUAUAUAGAUAAUAUAUCAAAGAAUAUUAAUAUUAAUAAUAAUAAUAAUAAUAGUAAUAAUAAUAAUAAUAAAUCAUUAACACCAAAAAAGAUAUUAUAUCUAAGUCAAAUGGCAAGUUAUUUCAUCCUAUUCCAAGGUGGCAAUGGAAUUCUAUCAAAGGAAAUCUAUAAGAUUUGUGAUAAUCUAAUAACAGAUGUAUUCUUAAAAGAGACUGCAACUACUAUGUCAACAAAGCAAAAAGAGAAUGAAGAGAAAUCAGAUACUACCAUUCAACAGCAACAACAACAACAACCUACACAAUCUGAAAUUCAAUCAGCACUUAAAGACUAUAUUGAAUUCAAGAAUAAGUUUGAAGAGAAAUAUCGAUAUGGUGCAUACGAUCAAGAAUCAGAUAGUGAUGGUGAUGAUAAAGAUAAAUCAAAAGAAACAACCAAAUCUACAACAUCAAAAACAACAACAAAAUUACAAAUAAACUAA